AUGGCGGGCUUCGGCGAGCUCGGGCUGUCAUCGUGGCUGGUGGAGCAAUGUCGCCAGCUGGGGUUGAAGCAGCCGACGCCCGUGCAGCUCGGCUGCAUCCCCGCCAUCCUGGAGGGCCGGGACUGCUUGGGGUGUGCCAAGACGGGCAGCGGCAAGACGGCCGCCUUCGUCCUCCCGAUCUUGCAGAAGCUGUCCGAGGACCCCUAUGGCAUCUUCUGCCUCGUCCUGACACCCACCAGAGAACUGGCUUAUCAGAUCGCCGAACAGUUCCGGGUCCUGGGGAAGCCACUGGGGCUGAAAGACUGCAUCAUUGUUGGCGGCAUGGACAUGGUGGCCCAGGCCCUGGAGCUGUCCCGCAAACCUCACGUGGUCAUCGCCACACCAGGGCGCCUGGCCGACCAUCUUCAAAGCUCCAACACCUUCAGCAUCAAGAAAAUCCAGUUUUUGGUGAUGGAUGAGGCCGACCGGCUCCUGGAACAGGGCUGCACCGACUUCACUGCAGACCUGGAGGUUAUCCUGGGAGCAGUCCCGGCCCGGCGGCAGACGUUGCUGUUCAGUGCCACUCUGACCGACACGCUGAGGGAACUACAGGGUCUGGCCACCAACCAGCCCUUCUUCUGGGAGGCACAGGCCCCGGUGCGCACGGUGGAGCAGCUGGACCAACGCUACCUGCUGGUUCCUGAGAAGGUGAAGGAUGCCUACCUGGUACAUCUGAUUCAGAGCUUCCAGGACACGCACGAGGACUGGUCCAUCAUCAUAUUCACCAACACGUGCAAGUCCUGUCAAAUUCUGUGCAUGAUGCUGCGGAAAUUCAACUUCCCCACGGUGGCGCUGCAUUCCAUGAUGAAGCAGAAAGAGCGUUUUGCUGCCCUUGCCAAGUUCAAAUCCAGCAUCUACCGGAUCCUGAUCGCCACGGAUGUGGCCUCCCGGGGCCUGGACAUCCCUGCAGUGCAGGUGGUCAUCAACCACAACACCCCUGGGCUCCCCAAGAUCUAUAUCCAUCGUGUCGGCCGAACAGCCCGUGCAGGGCGGCAGGGCCAGGCCAUCACGCUGGUCACCCAAUACGACAUCCACCUGGUCCAUGCCAUCGAGGAGCAGAUCAAGAAGAAGUUGGAAGAAUAUUCUGUGGAGGAGGCCGAAGUGCUGCAGAUCUUGACGCAGGUCAACGUGACGCGGAGGGAGUGUGAGAUUAAACUGGAGGCUGCCAACUUUGACCAGAAGAAGGAGAUCAACAAGCGUAAACAGCUGAUCCUGGAGGGGAAGGACCCCGACCUGGAGGCCAAGCGCAAAGCCGAGCUGGCCAAGAUCAAGCAGAAGAACCGGCGCUUCAAGGAGAAGGUGGAGCGGACGCUGCUGCUUCAGAAGGGUGGACGUGGUCGACCAGGACCCCGCCCCAGCCCCGCUCAAGCCCCGCCCUGACCGCUCCACACCUCAU